AUGGCGGGUUCUUCCUCUGCAUCUGUGCCUGCCACUCCUCUGCUCAAAGACGAGCUCGAUAUCGUGAUUCCCACGAUUCGGAACUUGGACUUCCUCGAGCAGUGGAGGCCGUUUUUCCAGCCUUACCAUUUGAUUAUCGUCCAGGAUGGAGAUCCUUCCAAGACUAUUAGGGUCCCUGAGGGGUUCGAUUACGAGCUCUACAAUCGCAAUGAUAUUAAUCGCAUUCUUGGACCCAAGGCCUCAUGCAUUUCCUUCAAGGACUCCGCUUGCCGUUGCUUUGGGUACAUGGUGUCCAAGAAGAAGUAUGUCUUCACCAUUGACGACGACUGCUUUGUUGCCAAGGAUCCAUCUGGGAAAGAUAUUAAUGCGCUUGAGCAGCACAUUAAGAACUUGUUGUCCCCAUCGACUCCGUUUUUCUUCAACACCUUGUAUGAUCCAUACCGAGAUGGUGCAGAUUUUGUCCGUGGGUAUCCAUUCAGUCUCCGUGAAGGUGUACCAACCGCUGUUUCUCAUGGUCUCUGGCUUAACAUCCCGGAUUAUGAUGCCCCCACUCAGCUUGUCAAGCCUCUUGAGAGGAACACUAGGUAUGUUGAUGCGAUAAUGACAAUACCAAAGGGAACCAUUUUCCCAAUGUGUGGUAUGAAUUUGGCAUUCAACCGCGAACUCAUUGGCCCUGCCAUGUAUUUUGGACUCAUGGGUGAUGGACAGCCUAUUGGUCGCUACGAUGAUAUGUGGGCUGGCUGGUGUACUAAGGUGAUCUGUGACCACCUCGGGUUAGGAGUGAAGACCGGUUUGCCCUACAUCUGGCACAGCAAAGCGAGCAAUCCUUUCGUGAACCUCAAGAAGGAGUACAAGGGCAUCUACUGGCAAGAGGAGCUGAUCCCGUUUUUCCAGGCUGUGACUCUCCCGAAGGACUGCACCACUGUCCAGGCGUGCUACCUCGAGCUGGCGAAGCAAGUGAAAGCGAAGCUUGGCAAGAUUGACGAUUACUUUAACAAGCUGGCAGAUGCCAUGGUCACAUGGAUCCAAGCUUGGGAUGAGCUGAACCCAUCUGGAGAUGCCACCAAAUUACCAAAUGGCAGCUCAAAGUAGAGAUUAAAUUAUUAAUAGAUCCAAAUAUAGAUUUCUCAGAGGCAUAGGCUUGUGCCAAUGGUAUAUCUUGUUUGACCAUCCUUUUGCAGAAGGCUUUGGACUAUUUAUAGGGUUUGGUGAAGAGGUUCUUUAGUCCUUUUUAAAUAUUUAUUCUUCAAUGAGUUGCAAACUAUCUAUGUUUAUGCAUUUGAUUUAAAUACAUUGGGCAUUAUUCUUUGAUUACCAGCUUAUGAAAGACUCAGAUUCUUAAA